UCAGCUGUUUUUAGUCACUGUCUUGUUGAGUUAGACGCUAACCGGCGAAUGUCUUUUGUGCAAUAUUAUGCAAAUUUCUUUUUAUUUUGAUAUUAUUUCUGGAUUAAAUAAAAUGUGGAGUUCAGACAGUGAUUCAAGUGAUUUGGAGAUAUUAUUCGCGUUAUCGGACUGGGACGACUCUGACGAUUCGCGUGAUGACGAAAUCGCGCUAGUUCGAUACAAAAACAGAGUAAAUUAUACCAAAACUUUAGACGCUCACGAAUUUCUUCUUCGAUUUCGCUUGGAUAAAACUCAAGUGGAGAGCUUAUUAGGAGAAAUCUAUCCACAUCUCAGAGAGUCUGGUGCAAGGAAUAAUGGCAUUUCACCAUUACACCAGUUGCUUCUAACGUUAAGGUUUUAUGCCUUAGGGUCUCUGGUAUCUGUAGGGCAAUUCAUUGGUGUAUCAAAGUCAGCGGCAAAUCAAAUUGUACGAAAUGUCAGUUGUGCAAUAACUAAUUUAUGUAGCAAGUACAUUUGCAUCAAUAACACAACUGAAGAUUUUUACAAAAUUGCUCAAUUCCCACAAGUACUUGGAGUAAUCGACUGUACACACAUUAGGAUUCACAUAUCAAGACGCAAAGUGCCAGAAGAAUACAAAAACAGAAAAGGGUCAUACUCAAUCAAUGUUCAGGCUGUGUGUGAUGCUAAUCUAAUGUUUAUGAAUAUUGAUUCUAAAUGGUCAGGUUCUACACACGAUGCUACUAUCUUUGCCAAUUCUGUGUUAAAAGCACAAUGCGAAAAAAAAUUAUAUGGUAACAAAUGGUUGCUCGGAGAUAAUGCAUAUCCUUUAAAACCAUACCUAUUGACGCCAAUACUGAACCCACAGAGUAAGAGCGAAGAGCUUUAUAAUGAGUCACACAAAAAAACAAGAGAUUGUAUCGAACAAUGCUUUGACCUUUGGAAAAGAAGAUUUCCGGCAUUAGGACUAAUAAUACGUACAAGUAUAUUAAGUGCCAAUGCAGUUAUCAUAGCAACAGCUAUCCUUCACAACAUAUGCAUGACUAACAAUGUAGAAGAUGUACCUCCUGAGGUAAAGAUUCCUGACGGGGAACAAGUUCCUGUGCAAGAUGCAUUAGAAGUGCCAAAAAAUAUAGAACUUGAAACUUUACUUGCCAAUCAUUUUAAAGUGGAAGAUAUAUAAUUUUUAAUAAUUUACCUAUAGGAAUUUACUACUUAUUAAGAACCACCAAUACGAAUAUAUUAUUUACCU